AUGGAUCCCAAAAGCGGGGUUGGCAAGGAGCAAACGCUAGUUUCCCCAUCGUGUCGAUUGCCUUACGAGCCAAGCUUUGGAGAUAGAUCCGACAAUAUCGAAUCAGACGGUCAGUUUCAAUCCGGCAUAAGCUUUCUCGGCGCAAGCGGCCGAAUUCUCCUCGCACGCCGCUUUGCUGGACCUCGAAAGCCGGACACGGUGAGAGGACACGCCUACGCCCGCCAAGUGCAGGCGCAGCCGCUGCGACACCUUGCAGAAUGUAUUGGUGCCUCCAUCGCACGAAGAGCGGAACGAUUGCACAUGGGGCGACCGUCCGCGAGUCGCGCUUCUCUUUGGCACCCAUGGGCCUAUGUUCGCCUUCUCGCGAGCUUCGAGUGUGCGAAGCUGAGCUGGCCGAGGAAGAGGCGCAGAGCCUUGAUGAUCAGGACUUGGAUGAACAAGAAUCAGAACCCGAAGACCAAGAGCCUUCACUCACGAGUAAAGGUUCCACUAGCAAGUGAUCUGUGGAAGAUCGCUUGA